AUGACAGUACUGAACACUUAUAUUUUAUAUAAGCAAAACGGAGAAAUGAAACCAGAGUUUGCCAAAACAAGCAAAAAUUUGCUAAAUGUAAAAUCCGACAGCACUCUAAGGAAGUUAAAAUCAGAAACUUCCAGACAGUUAGACAGGUCAAAGGACGAUAUGACAGACAUAAUGAUGAUGCUGAAGGAUCAUCCAGAAUAUAUUAAAGAAAUAUCAAUUCCUUUUAAUAUCAAACUAUAUAGUAUAGAACAAAUAAACGUUAUGAAAUCUGAAAAAUGCGGUGAUGUCCUUCCUAUUAUAUAUUUUGAUGCAACUGGAGGAGUUACCGAGGCUGAAUCUGCCCCAAAAUUUUUGAUAGACGUAAAUAAUAUCCUGAAAAGUCAAUCUCACCUUCCUGAUACUCUAAAUAGAGGGGGAGGGGUACAUCUUCGGACAUCGGUAGUCAUACGUAUACGUGUUGGCAGUAUGAGUCUAUUCGUUAUCGAGAGCGGAUGUAUGCAUUCGAGCUACAGCAAAAUGGACGAUAAAUAUAGAGAGCAGUGGAUGCGCUGGUAUGAAGAGUGUGAGAGCGAAGAUGAAAGCAGACAUGAUCCAUAUAGUACAGAUGACUCCAUUGCUGAUCCAGAAUAUAUGCAACAGGACUCAGACUCUUGUACUGAUUUAGAAUACGAGAAUAUUCCAAACAAUGAUGAGCCUGGAACAUCACGAAAAAAGCGUAAACGGAAAGAACCUAAAUCAAAAGUUGAUUUGCCGUCAGGACAUGUCGAUAGCGAGGGCUCUGAUGAUAUCGAUGUUCUAUUAGAUCCAGACAACGAUGAACAAAAAUGGGAAGAUAACAUAAUCGAUUGUUUAGAGUUUUCCUUUGAUUCCAUAUCAGUUGGUGUGAAAGAACAGCUAGCAGACAAGCCUCCAAUUGAGGAAAGUAAAAUGCCAAAAGUUUGA